AUUAAUUUCUUGCUCUUUCAUACACCUCAUAAUCUAACACAAGGUGUGGAGAAUCGUACCAGGCGACUAUGUUGGAAUUGGUUUUUAUACCUUAGUCGUGUUUCGUUUUUUAGAAUCUUGGAUUUGCACGUCGCUACUUGCAUCCAUUUAUCAUUUCUCGUGCGCAUUCGAUUCUUUAACAUGCGAUGGUUGACAAUGCAAUAAAUCUGUCAAAUAGCUAUAAAAAUUUCCUUCAUUUCCACGCUAUCAACCAUUUGACGUACUCAUGACGUUAAACACGCUGCAGUUUUCAUCAUGAGAAAUAUCGUAAGAGUAAAAUAAAAUCAUAGACGAGUAAUCUGAUGCGUUCAAGCGAAACUGUCGAUCACCUUGGCUUUAGCAGCCUUACAGUUUCGCAUUAUCCAUUUAGAAACGAGAAAACUUUUUUCAGGCCCACCGCUCAGCUUUCAAAAUUACCUUUUGAAUAAAUCGAACCCUGCGAAUUUUUCACAAACGACGAAAGCUGAGCAGCCCCUUUCGUCUCGAAUCUUCAUACUUUUGCAAAGGUAAGCAGGAUGGGCUAUGAAAUCGUACUUAAAGAAGUCUAAGUUGAUCUAAUGUUCUUUUAAUUACGCUUGAUCCAGCUCUGCGAGGAGCUUGCUCAUCUCAUUAUAGCCUUCCCGAAAUACGGUACGUGGUUGAUAAAAAUCAAUUACGGUUUCGUUGGACUGCAGACCGUUUUUAUAAGUCUUUAAAAGAGUCCUUUACGUGAGAUCGUCGUAGCUAAGCACAUCACGUGAGAAAUACCCGUGUAAACCUGGCGAAAGAGGAACUGGUCAUCUUUCUGAUGGAAAUUUUGCCGGGCGAAAUAUCGUUCAACAAAGGUGCCUACAAAUGUUACACAGAACUCCUUAGCGACUUUGAAAAAUACGGAGGCAUACGGCGGAGCCGAGGAUCUGCGCUUCGGGCGACGUCUUCCAGACGAAGGGCGGAUUGGUCGUUGAUUUGUGCUUCUCUGGAGAAUUUGGCCGGCAGUGUGGGAAGCGAGCUUCGGGAACGGCAACAUGUCGGUUGCUUUAGUCCGGACGUGAUUACCUUCGUGGAUACGGACAGCGUAAUCUGGGCGCUAAUCGCGCCGCUGACAAUCAGCGCCUUGGCUGUGGCGAUGGUCUGUCCGACGACGAUGAAAUGGUUGCUGCGACAGGUGGCUCCUAGUCGAGAAGAGGCCGUUUUAAAGUUCGUGGAAAGCGUGCAGGCUGCUUUGCCGAAUUUUUGA